AUGGGGAUCUGUCCAGCCUCUGUCGGUCUUGGAAAUAUUCCCAAACUGAUCUUACAGCAAAAUGACAGUGGAAGCGAACAUGUCAAUCCGCUGUUGGAAAGUUUGAAGUCGCUAGUUGUGAAUUAUAUUGCCGUUGACAGUCCUCCUCCAAUUGACCCUGAUCAGGACGUCAUUGGUCGAAUCAUUUUUUCAAGUCCUGAAGCUUGCUCUCCGGUUGACGUUGAAAAGGCUGCAGCGUAUUAUUGUGCACGUAUUCGUGAGCAAGCGAUGGCGGCGUGGAUACGAGCUUUUGCAAUUUUUUACAAUGGGCAGAAGGAGCGACAAAUAAUGCUGGUAACAAAGUUGGCUGAGUGCCACAAGCUUGCCCGAACUGGCGAGCAAAAUGUUGAGUGGAAGUUUCACCAGGUAGACCUUCUGUGCGCUCGAUUGGCAUUGCCGGAUAUGGCUCAGCAUUUUGUGCCCACUUGUGUCGAUAUUGUCGAACCCGACACUAAAUCUGAGCGUGGGCAGAAAAAUCAAAGUGAAUGUGACUCUUGCGUGAAACCAAUCGACGAUGGUGCUCUUCAAAUUGCCACAUUAAAGACAGGAAAGAACAAAGCAAAGUGGAGUACAGCUGUAAUUCGUGCUUCGCUUGACUCAGGAUCUCUGAGUGCGCGUUGUCUCUACGACUACAUAUCGGGGCACGGACCUCCUGGUCUUUUGGAUGCGAUAAUGGAGAGCCCUGGCGGUGUCUUAAGUGAUGAUGCGUUAAACGCUGACACUUUGGCAAAUGCAUACGAGGAAAUGCGAGAUAUGGGACGAAGGCAACGAGAUGAGGCUUUGGACUGCAUUAAUUCUUUGUCUAGUCUGAUUGAUUUGCUGCGCGAAAGCAUUUUGUCUCCAGGGUGGCACAACUUUUCUUUUACUGACAGCUACGAAUUGAUACACGCCCCGUUGAUACCACUUCUUGAGAAUGCGGACGAUUCUUCACGACGACUAAACCUGAAUGCUAGAAUCGUUCUGCUCCGAUCAAUUCAGGACUUGAUGAUCCAACGACUUGGUGGCUCUCGUGGUGAUGAGCCUCCCGCUCUAGAGUUUGAUUCAUCGCGGUGCGCUGAAACGAUGACGCUUUCUGAUGGAAACCGAACUGCAAAGCAAUACACAGCAAAGCAGUGGGGGAUGGUGAUGGCCACCACGGGUUGCCCCCCUAACACCGGCAUUCAUGAAUGGGGCGUUCGUCUCGACCGUUGCGAGAAAGGACAUAUUUUCCUUGGUGUGUGUACCAGGGAUGCAUCCGUGGCAACUUAUGUUGGUGGUGACCGGCAGGGAUGGGGUCUCAUUGGAACCCGAGCACUCUGGCACGCUCGAAGCAAAGUACGCGGCGAUUACGGUGACGGUUUUACCACGGGCAGUGUUGUCCGAGUUCGAUUAAAUACGGAUAGCGGGGCGCUGUCUUUUGGAGUUGGUGAUAGUGAAUGGGGCAUUGCUUUCGACGGUCUAACGCAACACGGUACCUUGUAUCCAGCAAUUGGUUUGUAUCAACGAGAUGAUCAAGUUACAAUUUUGCCAGUACAACCGACAGUAGAUUCGUCUGUUGUUGCAUCACCAAGAGGCGAAGUGUUGGAGCACAAAGGUGUUGUGAUUCCUGCUGUUCUCAAGCCUUUCUUACACCAUGCGGGAGCUCUAUUGGAAUCUUGUUGCACGUUUUUGUCGAGCCCAGCGCUGAAUGAUUUAAACAUGGCGUCGGAGCAGUCGGAAGGUCUUAGUGUAAGGCCGAAAGUCGACCGUAUUCGUGACUACGAGCGCUUGGUGUCCUCGUACCCACUACUGUUUUCGAUGGUGACCCCGCUAAUCAGUUCCUUAAGUCUUACUCAAAACUAUCACGGUUUGACUUCGACGCUAGCUAUGACUUUUGUACCCUGGUGUAUUCGUACAAUACAAUGCGUUGAGCGUGUAAACCAAGCGCUUCGAGCACUGUCGUCGUAUAAUCAAGACGAAGACGACGUUUCUCCUGGAAAUCUUGUGCUUAGCGUUGCUGGGGAGUGGGAAUUGAAGAGUAUGGCAGCUGGAAACAUCCCGGCCCAGCAAUAUCAUCUCACACUUUCUCAAGACAAAGACGGAUCGAUGCAUGGACGCAGCAGCGGCCCUUUUACCACGGUGACGCUAAAUGGUAUUGCUCGGGGUACCAAGGUAUCUUUUGUAGAAACUUGGCGCCAAGGAGGAACAUGCUUGGUCGAAGGGCGUCUUCGUGCUGAUGGAGCCGUAUUCACAGGCAGCUAUGAAGACACUAAGAGCCAUACAAGCGGUUGUCUAGUCGGAAACAAAACAUCACAAAAUUCCAAAAUGAAGGACACGGAUGAUCGACAGUGGGUGAGCAAUCAGCUCGUUAUCGUGGAAAUGGUAGUUGCGAACUUGCUGGGCUACUUUGGCCAUGCAUUGACCAGUUUGGAAAAUGACGAUCUACUUAUCGAAAACGUGAAUGCGACUGUUUUCAAUCUGAAUGAUGCUGACAGUAGUGACGAUGGCGACAGUGACAACGUAUAUAAGUUGUCAUCCUCAGAAUGCUCGAUUGAUGAAUAUGACGAAUGGGUUAGCAGUAACUUGCUAGAGGGUGGACUACCUUUGCACAGCAUUCAAGCGCACUUGAAGAGUGUGCUCGAGCGGUGCUCAGAAAUGACUGGUUUUGGCUCUACCAUAGCUGCAAGCUCUUUGCCUAACCUCGCCGAAGCUACCAAAACUUGGAUGGAGUUUGUGUUGCCCAAGACGAUUUCAGCUACGCUUUCCAACGUCGGCAGCGUACCGGCUGGUGGGGCUCGCGUCGGCAACGCUUUCUUGAAGAAUUUAAUUGAAAACCGUGGCGAGGCAGCUGCAUUGGAUGGGUGGGUAUCUAAGCAUGUCGGGGAAUCACCGUUUGUACGACUAGGAGGGGAGUCAAUGAAGGCCACCCGACGUACCGUUUGCGCGGCCAUGAUAUGGCAUAGUGGAUUUUUGAGUUCAAUUAAGAUGCACAUUGAUAAUUUGCAUAGCAACUUCACGGAAAGCGAUGUUCGGCCGCAUGACAACUUGAUGCAAAUAUGGCGAGCUGCUCAGAGAGUCAUUGAGUGGGCGAUCCGAGCAAAAAAUUCUAUGGGGUCUUCGUAUACCGUCGUGGCUGGUCUGGUCAUUCGAAAAGCUCAGUUCUUGCUCGAGAUUGAACCCAGUGCUAAAGCUUUGGCGGCUGCCGAGGCUGUGUUUGCGCUGAUGACAGUAGACAGCGGUGUUCAGAAGAUAGCAUCCAAGUCAGCAGUAUAUGAGUGCGCUGAACGUAUCUACAGCGAUGUUCUAGUACAAGUUGCACGUUUUGUGGAAUCUCCUAUACGCGUGUCAUCGCUGCAAUCAAGAAUGCUAGGAAACUGCACUGCAGCAUUCCUGCGAACAAUCGGCAUGCUUUCCUUCAGACAUUUCGUCGGUGACUCAGGCAGUAAGCACCGUGGUGUUUUGGCUACAGAACGUCACCAAAUCAUCCAAUCUUCGUUCGCAUUAUCUAGUGCGCUACAGUGGCUGUCCCCGACGCUAGCUGAUUGUAAAGCCAACGGCGGUCGUGGCAACUCGCUGGGCAAAGACUUUGGGGACUUCAGUGCUAGUGUAGUUCCAGCAUCUACAACCUCAACUCACGCCACUACCGAAUCGUCUUACUACCUGAGCGGUCUGGGCGGCUGUGGAAAGCAUCUCAAUAAUGACCUCAGGGCAUCUUUUGAGUCAUUGUACGGAUACCUGAGCGCGUCCUUAUCCACGGCGACAUGGGCUCGUGAUGCUGACCUGCAACUUGUCAUUUUAUUGGCGUGGGGGAUCAUCAUCCAGCCAGAUGACCAUUCAUUCUUGUCGCGCGUUGGCAUUUUCAGAGUGCUGCAAACUGUCUUGGACCAGGCUCGUGGAUCCAGUGGAAUGAGCUUAACCGAAACUCCACCUGGUUCAUGGCAGAGUUCUCCAAAAGAUGCAAUUUCAAUUACUGAGAACAAGAAGAAUAUUGUCCAGGCUGCAUUGAAAGUGGUACACCUGCUGGCUGCACAAGUUGCCCAUGCCAGUGACACAGCAGAUGGCCUCUUAAGCGCCUCAGAUCUUCCGUCGACUCCAGGUCUUAGUUUGGGUUCUAUUCCGCUGCUGCGCAAGCCGUCAGGCCCCGAAACGCUCGGAAAGUCCGUAUUCCACAUGCUCUACACAGAGUUGAAGAACUCUUUGGAAGAUAUGCGGCGUAACCGGGUAAAUUUGAACGUAGACGCUCCACCGACCGCGCUUAUGACUGAUCCGACACAGUCAAGCGAUCCAAGUGCGUCUGGGACAGAAACCAGCUUUCGAGAAGGUCUGGAUGAUGCUCAAGAGUACUGCUACCAGAUAUGCUCACUGCUGUACUCGGUGAGUAACUCACCUGUUUGCAGAUCGCAUCUUUCAUCAUCUCGAUGGCUUCGCUUGUUACUUGCUCUCGUCGACGUGAACUCGCCGCAGAUACAGCGCCGCAUUCUAAAAUUGCUUCGUCGUUUACUUCCAUCGCUCGACCCGUCUUCUAUUCGAGUUCGAUACGACGAGUUUGAAAGUUUUGACAUGGACAGUGACGACGAGUUUGACGCUGAUGGCCAAGAUGAGCUAGAUCAUGCGACUACUUUGAUUAAUUUCCUUGUGGGAAUUGUGGGAAUAAAUAAUCCUCCAAGUGUCGCUGAAGCAAUGCUUCGUCGGCACAUAGAUUCCAAUGGAGAAGGUCUGACGAUCCCGGUUCUAAAUUCUGGAUUCAACGCUGGAGGUCUCGCUGCCGAAGUAGUGCUACUUCUUCGUUCGCUGUACGAGUCGAAUAAGUGGACUGCAUAUUUGAACCGUGCUAUCGCCGACGCACUUGCCUCGAUUCCUCUUUCCUGUGUCACAGAGCAAGAAGGAGCCAUCAUAGAUACAGCUGAUUCCGAUGUGGAAAUGGAAGACAUGUCAAAGGAAAUGCCGUCACUUGAAAGCUGGACAACACAAACGGGAAGUUAUGUCAAGGCCUUGUCUGCGCUAUGUAUUCUCGAUGGCCAUAUUGAAGGCCUUCACGUUGGCGGAUCAGUUAAAAUUAUACCUCGAUCUGGAUCGUCCUUGCAAGAAACCGCUUUCCGAGGGGCAAGAGGUGUAAUUGUUGCCUACGAGCCGGAGAAGUCGGCAGCCGAAGUACUCUUGCGUGGAAGCCGCGCAGAUGAGACCACUACUCAACAACAAUCAUUGCUUUCAAGUCGUUCUAUACCGACACGUCCGAUUCGUGUACCUAUUGAUGAUCUGCUGGCUGUACCAGAGGUUGAACUGCCAAACAAUGCAUUUUCGGAUACAGUGCUGCAAUGUUUACUCGCCGAACGUUUUCCGUACUUUUUGGCGGAAGUCAAGAAGAGUUUUCUGGAGGUGAGUGUCGUUGAUGCUCUCAACGAGGCAGACGAGGAUGGCGGUAAUGACGGAGAUAGCGAAGAUGACGAUGACAUGUCCAAUGAUGGUUCGUCCUCGCCAUCGGCGAUGGAUAGCGAAAUGCCCAGUGGAACUUGCGUUGACGAAUCGGAUUCUGACGCAAAUGUGUCCCCCUGCCAUCAGAAAAAUGGCGAUGAAUCCAAUUUGCCCACAGAACCUACUGGCAUUAUAGCAGAGAUGGAGAAGGAGUCGCGACUUCAUCGAAUGCUGCUGUGUCAGCAUGGUCUUCGUGCUGCUGCUACGUUGCUGAAGAAUGACUAUUGCGCUGCAACCUUCAUCCGUGGUGUUGGACCUACUGGUUUGAAGGACUUGCUGACGGUUGCAAUUUCUGAGACACCUACAACAGCAGGAGUUGGAGACAUUUCCUCGCUUGAGGAGAGUUGGCUGAUGUUGUGGUCCCGUUGGUAUGCAAUUAGAAGUGCUCAUGUAGCACCAUCACGCCCUGCUGACAAUACAGAAGGCAAAAACAAAACAAGCAGCGCUGAAGAAGCUGACAACUCGCCGGGUCCAAUGGUCCAACAGAUGAUGGAGAUGGGAUUUCCAAAGGAAUGGUGUGAUGUUGCUUUGGCUCGUUGCUCUCAGAAUGUUGAAGCUGCAAUUAAUUUCUGCUUCGAGCAUAGCAGUGAUAUGGAGCGUCUUGUUGCGGAGUACUGGUCAAGCCGAGGAUCUGGUGAAGAGCGAAGCUCGAAAAUGACGCAAAAAGAUGACUUUGAAGCUAUCAGUCCGUUAUUGGAACAGUUGUCCGAGAUGGGGUUCCCUUCCAAUUGGUGCAAAAAGGCUCUGGCUGCAAACAGAAAUAAUGUGGACGCAGCAUUAACAUGGAUCUUAUCUAAUGGCGAGGCUUUGGAGGCAGAAGAUCGACGAGAUGAAGAUGCAAAGCUUCGCGCUUCUGGUGGAGACGCAGCAGAUGUAAACGUUUCAAAUGCUAUCCUCGAAGGUGAAGAUACUGUGCUCAUGCCAAACCCACUUCGAGCUGUAAGUGGCCAAGCUUGUAUCGGUGAGCACGAUUUUAUGGUAGAAGGCCUGGUUGGUGGUGGAUUUGCUAGUGUUGGCGCACCUGACUGCCUUGUUUCGAGCGGGCGAUGGUACUACGAAGCUAUUCUUCACACCAACGGUUGCAUUCAAAUCGGAUGGGCUGACGUGGCGUUCUGCGGUGCAGCUGAUCGUGGAGAUGGUGUUGGGGACGGUGCACAUUCAUGGGCGUAUGACGGCUGGAGACAACAACGAUGGCAUGGAUGUUCGUCGUCAUGGGGUUCUAAGUGGAAACAGGGUGACGUCAUUGGAUGUGGAAUCGAUGCAGAUGCAGGCACCGUCAUUUUUAGUUUAAAUGGCAAGAUGCGUUCUGCCAACAUGGGUGUCGCUUUCAGAGCUAUUCACUUCGCCCGCGGAGUUUACCCGUGUGCAAGCUUUAAUCGGCGAGAGCGGUUGCAAUUUAAUCUUGGUGGAUCUCCGUUCAAGUAUCCGCCUCCGCCCGGUUUUCAGCCUAUCUUGAACGUGCUAAGUGACACCUACGACCUUAGCUCUGUGCCUAAGGGGUUUGAUGUGAUUGGAUCCCGAGAGGAUUGCCUGGAAGAAAGCAUGGGCGAAGAAAAUUACUCGAACGACACCAGGUACUUCGCAAGGGACAUGCAUCCAUCCAUGCUUCGGAGUUCAGGCCACAGCCGCAGCAGUGGUUUCGCGUCUAGCUCCGGCAUGACGAAGGCGGAUACAUUGGCUGAUAUCAAAGCACUUCCCGAUAAUCGGGUGUAUGUCGAGCUGUUGGUGGUCACACGCUCGCUUGCAAUCUUGCAGGCGAGGCGGGCGCUCCUGACUUUGCUUGCCAAAUGGCCUACAACAAUAGUUGGCCCAUUCUCCGUUGCAGCGUUUUUAUCAGGCGAUGUCGCGUUACGUACCGCCACUGAUACUGAGGAUUCGUCGAGGUUCAUCGACUUUAUAAAGCUCAUUGCGAGUAUGAGUGCGCUUCACGUAUCCAAUGCACUACCGAGUGCGUCGCUGACGCUAACCGACGGUGACGCUCUCCAUCUACUUGAUUGUGGUGCCACUGGUCGAUUUGCACUAGGCUUGCUUUCUGGAGUCGUGAAAUCGGCAUUGGAUGACGCUCUCUUAACAAUUGCGUCAGGAGUGUGCGAUCGCAACCCCCUGGUGGAUACGAUUCUCUCCUGCAUUUCCUCAGAGGUUAACAGAGCUUCCCAACGCCAGUACGCUAGAAUUCCAUGGAAUUCAUCCGAAGCUGCUAUUACUGCAACCCUUUUACAGAUUACAGCCGAAGCAGGCCAGACGUGGUCCGAUAAAGAGGUACUGAUCCAUCCCAACCUUUUCCUUGCUGAUUGGAUCAGUGGCUUGUUGCUGGAGUCGUUGGAGAAGCACAAGGAACAGCUUCUAUCACCCACACGCGAUCAAAUCCGGCAACAGUUACUGCUAGCUUGGAUUUCAUCGCUGAAGUCUCCUAGCAUGUGCGUCAAAGAACGUGGAGCAACCGUCCUUGGGGGUAUUCUACAAGAUAUCCUACCAAAGACAAGUGGGUAUGUUGAUGCAAUUGAAACUGGUGGCAUUGAUGAUCAAGCCAAGACACGAUUGACGAUGGCCUUGGAUGUGCUUCCGUUACAACGACUUGUCGACCUCUCGCAGGAACGAAUCUUUCGCGAGUAUCCCAACAUGCCGGUGUGUUCCAAGUACGUUCAAAGCAUGAUAGAGCUUGUUUCUGCUGCUGGUUUAGCCAUGAGUGCAGUGGGACAGUCUACCGAUAAGCUGUUUCGAAGCAGCUCAUCCCAGCUGCAGGCUUGUAAGCAAAUUGAAGCCGACCUGAAGCCGAUUCAUCAGAAGGAAUUUGAGGAAGUGAUGGCCGCGAGGAAGAUUGUGCAGGCACAACAGGCUGCCGAAGAAGCCGUGAAACAGGAGAAACUUGCUGCAGAGCGCGCAGCAGCUGUGGAUGCAGGAGUUGAUGGUGACUCAACCUCAAGUCUAAAUGAUUCGAGCACAACCACCGGCGUCGGCGAUGCUACAGCCCAAGGCGUUGACGAAGAAACUAACGCGAGAAGGAGCAGUGGUGCUACAAACAUGGAAGUCGACAACAGUGACUCCGAAGAGGCUCCGGAUAUCACGCUAUCCGCGAUUGCCAACAUGGUAACCGAAGAUAGCGAUGUACUGGCAGCAACUGCUGCUAUUGCUGCAGUCUCUGGCGAUCGUCUAGCCGCCAAAGGGCCAGGGAGACGAACAAAACUUCCCAUGCCUGAGCUACUUCAGGAAAAGGCUGACACAACGUUUGAGUUUCGCUUACCUGAGAAAGAUCCUGUCUUGGAUACGUCUUUGCUGAACAUGCAGGAAAAAGACGUUCUGGAAGCUGCGAAAUGUGGCAUUAUGGGGGAAGAACUGAGCGGCUGGAAACAUGGCAAUGACGUAGGAGUUCUUACUGAUGCACACACACAGCUCUGGAGUGGUACGCUGACGCAAUUUAGACUACGGCAGAAGCAAGAGGAAAGCAACCAACCCGACUUGAAGGUUGGGUGCAAGGUUAUUCGCGGACCCAAUUGGAAAUGGCGCGACCAAGAUGGCGGUGAAGGCAGCGUAGGUAUAGUUGAGGGUGUGUCACCAUGGAGCGGCGUGGAUGGUGAGGGUAUGUCAGUGCGUUGGCCGAACGAUUCGUUGUACACGUACCGCUGGGGAGCAGAUGGUAAUUUCGACUUGAUUCACGUGGAAGUGGAUGAAGAUGGCAACAUCACGCACCAACAUGCUACUCCAAAAGCGAAGCAAGAGGAUGAGGGAUCGUUCGGGUCUGAGCUACAUCUUGGUGUGCUGCUGUAUCUGUCUGUUGACGAAGACGCUAUGUCUACUGCUGACGCCGAGGCUGUGAAGGUGGCUGGCUGGAUGGAGUGGCCAGACUACGGGGCUGCUGUUCGUGUCGUUGGCCUACAAUAUACUGAUGGAUCGGUAUGCGUACAAGAGUUGAAGCUAACACGCGGCAACCCCGACAUGGGAUGGACGCUUCGCUUUGGAACGGAAAAAUGGCAACCUGGUACGAAGUACAUGUUGCGCCCGCUUAAGACGUGUGACUCGUCUGGGACAGCAUCUCCGGUAGAUACGCUUCAUGGUGAUUACUCGCACUCUGGGGUAAAGGAUGGUGAACUUGUCGAAAUCCGUGGAGAGCUGCAGGUAUCGACGAAGUAUUUGUUUACGAUGGACCACUACAACCACUUUCCAACAAUUGGGAUUUCGUCUGAUGGACUGUCAGUAACGUGUAACAGUGGUGAAUCGCGAAACCUUGCGCUUGGAACGGUGGGGUUUACCACGGGCAUACACUAUUGGGAGGUUCACGUAGAGCAAGCAGAGUUUGGUAGUGUGUUUAUCGGUGUGUGCGAAAAAGCAGGUCCACCAGGCUCCCAGGCUGCGCUAUCCAGCCGCUUGAACAGAUGGCACGGAUGGGGCUUUGUAAACUUCCGUGCAACAUACCACAACAGUACAGAGCGGAUCUACGGUGACCACUUCAACGCAAGUGAUACCAUUGGUGUUCGGCUUGAUAUGGAGCAAGGGAAGUUGUCAUUCUUUAUGGAUGGAAUAAAGUUUGGCGAGCAUAUCGUAUCCGAUUUGGGCGUCGCAUUCGAGAAUAUGAAGGGCGAGCGCAAUUCAUGUACACUGUACCCGUGUAUUGGUAUGCGAAAGGGAGGCGAUCGCGUCACGUUAAACCAAAAGUGGGUCUCGAUGCCUGGGGUAUCUCCACGUCAGAUCCUUUCGGACGCUAUAGAUGUCAGCAAGGCCUUGCAUUCCUGGUAUGUUGCGAUUCAGCAAGAAAAAAGUGCAGCCACGUUUAGGUCAUCAGCUGGAUCCUCCUCUCCAAAGGCGGAAGCAGCCCCAGCACACAUACAUGCAGAUACUCGUGUGAAGCUGCCGACAAAACUGCUUCGGGAGAGCUGGUUAGAGUGGAAGCGUUGGAGCGGCAAGCACUGGCAACGGUGUCAUGUGCGACCACGAGGGAUCUCUGUUGACUUUGAUACGUCUCCUGCUGCGUGCAUCCGUGUCAGCAAUGCUGCUGGCCUAGGCGCUCCAUUGUUGGCCGGUGAUCGCGUUCGCAUGUGCAUCAAGUGCGGGCAAGAGUUGAAUCAACCUGAAGAAGCUGUUAUAUUGGGUGUGUACCGCGGCUUCCUUUGGUACCGUACCGAAACACAAGGAAACGAAGGUGCCGAUGAAGGACGAGCAUGGGCCUGGUAUUGGUCUCCAAAUGAACUGCCAGAGCUUCUUUUGAUUCGUCGAGACGGCAAGGAUAUGACUCUAAUCGAGAACAGCGCAAUGGAUUUGACAGACAAUAAAAGUGCGCGUGAGCUCAGUCCGUUUAAGCCCCGUUCGACACUAGAAGAGCGUGCAAGGACAGAUUUUAAUGCGUUCGUAGAGCUAGCAACACGAGCGCAUUCAACCGCAUCGGACAUGCAAUUGGUAGAGCGACUAAAUGCCUAUUGUGCAGCAAUCGGGUUGGACGUGACGAAUCUCAAUAUCGUGGAUGUUGUACUUCCAGGAGAGAUGGAAGAAGACGACAGCAAUACAAGUGCAGCGUCCGGACGUUCUCGGGCACGUUCACUGGUUGUUGAUGACUAUUUCACAUCACCGGCACUGAAAAAUAUUACUGGCCCCGAGUUGCGAGCACGCACUGCAGUACUAAGGGUGCUGAACAGCAAAAUUCUUCGCGUGCUUCCGAUCAUUGCAAUCCAGCCGGACGAUGGAAGUAAUACUCAGCCGAUCGAAGUCUCGGACAGUACCGGGAGUGGCAGUACUUCCGCCAAGCGAUUAGCUUUUUCGACGAGUCUGAAAUUACGUUCACUCCGACGAUUAGUGUUCACGAGCACGAAGCGAGCCUUUUGGGACGACGUUCUACGGGCGACGACAACAAGUACGCCACUACCAUCCGACGAAUACGAAGAUCCGCGUGAGAUUCGCGUUAUUCGGAUCAACCGAAUUCAAGCACAAGCGUCAAAGCUAAGUUUGCUUUCUCAACCGGGUGACCGAUUGCGUCGUUCAGUAUUCGGUCAACUUUACCGAGAAAUGCGCGCAUGGAGUGACAGCUUUUUCCGCCGUGCCUACUGCGGAAAGGGUCACGGUGGCCAGCGGCGUGCUUUCAAGGUUAAAUUUUUAGGUGAGGGUGUGAACGACUACGGUGGACCGUAUCGUGCGGUCUUUGAACAGAUUGUUGACGAGCUGCAGAUGGACAAUGUGGAGUUAGCGCAGGGCGAACAGGGCUUGCUGCCACUGCUAAUACCGUGCCCGAACCGCCGUAGCGCGACAGGCAGCAACCAGGACAAGUUCUUGUUGAAUCCAUCGUGUGGCACUGCCUUGUUAGCAAACGGACCCAUGGCACUAGAUUUGCAUCGUUUCCUGGGAAAACUGAUUGGCACAGCAGUACGUCAUGGUUUGCAGAUGGGGCUAGAUUUACCUUCACUUGUUUGGCGACCGUUGGCUGGACUUGAGGUCAACCGAGCACACCUUGAGAGCGUCGACGUUGCGGUGGCUAACAAUUUGAAGUGCGUUGAGGAACUCAAAUUUGAUACUGAGACAGCAGCUCAGGACGGAGAAGAGGUGCUAGGCUAUUUGACCUUAUCAACCACAUUGAGUGAUGGCAUUGAGGUCCCAUUGGUUCCCAACGGCGAAAAGAUGUCGGUGACCCUGGCAAACCGUGAGCUGUAUGUGCAGCUCGUAGAGAACACGCGGCUCACAGAAAGUAGCCAACAGCUCGCGGCACUCAAGGACGGACUGGCGUCUGUGCUUCCAAUGGAGCUGUCGCCGUUGUUUACGCCGCGUGAACUCGAAGUGCUGAUCUGUGGACGCCGCGAAGUCGACGUAGAUCUGCUCCAGCAAUGCACAGAAUACAGUGAGGGAGCUGAUGAGACGAUGCCGCACGUGCAACACUUCUGGGAGGUGUUGCGUGAAAUGACAAGCGAGGAGAGGACAUCCUUCUUGCGUUUCGUAUGGGCGCGAAGUCGUAUGCCCAACAGCGCCAAGGACUUUCCCAUGAACUUUAAGCUACAGGCUGCUCACGACCCAGGCGCUGUCGGCCACCCCGAUCAGUAUCUACCUCAUGCCCAGACGUGCUUUUUUGCGUUGCGGCUCCCGACGUACACAAGCAAAGAGGUGUUGCGGACGAAAUUGCUGUAUGCGAUUCAGAACUCACCCAACAUGGACGCCGAUGUGCGACUGCAUAAUGCUGAGGGGUGGGCUGACGCCUAA